AUGCGGGGAGGGGGGAGGGGGAAGGAAGGGGUUGAGCGGCAAGCCGUUUGCCUGGAUAACCCCCCCCCCCCCUCCCCAACCAGCUGUGGCAGGCUGCACCUGCAGCUGGCACAAAGGGCAGGGCCUACUCUGUGCAAGGCUCUGAUCAGUGCUGCAGGCACUGAUACGAAAGGCUGGGCUUGCCAAACCAAGAAUUCUAUCCGACACAACCUGUCCCUCCAUAGCAAGUUCAUCAAGGUCCACAACGAGGCCACGGGCAAGAGCUCUUGGUGGAUGUUGAACCCCGAGGGCGGCAGGAGUGGGAAGGCCCCACGCAGGAGGGCAGCUUCCAUGGACAACAGCAGCAAGCUGACCCGUGGCCGGGUCAAGGCCUCCAAGAAGAAGACGGCAGCAUUACCCGAGGGGGCUGAGGGCCCUGCUCCUGCUAGCCCGGGGAGCUACUACCCCAAAUGGCCGGGUAGCCCCAGUCCACGAAGCCCCGAUGACUCUGAGGUGUGGACGGCCUUCCGCCCACGCAGUAGCUCCAAUGCCAGCAUGGCCAGUGCCCGACUGUCCCCCAUGGGGUCAGGGCUGGGACCAGAGCCUGAAGGGGGGGUGGCUGAGGAGGAGGUGCUGGCCUCCCUCACUUACCCAGCCAGUGUUCCCCCAACAGUCAGUGAGGAGCUCGAGCUGCUGGAUGGGCUCAAUCUCACAACGCCAAGGCCCCUUUUGCCCCAGGGGGCUGCCUCGGGCUUCUCCCUGCAGCCUGCUGGGGGCUCUGGCCCCACAGCUGCCUUUACUGGCCCCCUGUUUGGCCCUUCUGAGGGGGCUCUGCCACCUGGAGAAGGGCGCUUCUCCAGCUCCCAGACCCUGGAGGCCCUGCUCACCUCUGAUUCCCCUCCCUCCACUGAUAUCCUUAUGACCCAAGUAGAUCCCAUCCUCCCCCAACCCUCCACCCUUCUUCUGCCCGGGGGGCUGCCUGCUUCCAGCCCGCUGCCCCCAGGAGUCAGCCUGGGCCCUAAGCCCUUGGAAAGCCAAGGCCCUGGCCCUCUGCCUCCUGCCCUUGCCCUGAUGGCGCCACCUGUGGGCAUGGAAAGCACCCCUGCCCCUAAGGCCCCAGAGCCCGCUGUGCCCCCUCUCUCCGAUGAAGCUACAGACCAAGACCAAAUGCCCCAGGACCUGGACCUAGAUGUGUACAUAGAGAACCUGGAGUGUGACAUGGAUCACAUCAUCAGCGAUCUAGUGGAUGGGGGCGAAGGGUUGGAUUUCAACUUUGAGCCUGGUUCGGGAGCUCCUAGUUACCCUAACAACUCACAACCCUCUACCCACUCCUGGGUCCCCAGCUAAGUCUGACCAGGUCCCUGGACCAUAGCUGGGAGCUCCUUCCCCUGCCCCCACCCCCAAGAAGGAGUCGAGAAUGUCCCUUUCCCUUCCUAUCCUUGGUCCCUCCCCCGGGACCAGAGUCCCUCAGGUCCGGGCAUGGGGGACUUAUAAAUGUCCAACUGCUUUCAAGGGGGUAUCUGAGGGGUGGGAGGGAGGGGGUUAUUCUCACUGUGCCAACAGGGGCUAAGCCCCCCCCCCUCCCCCCUCCCAGGAGCCACCCUCUGCCUCUGUUCCCUUCCCCCUGCCCCCCAUAAGAGCGUCCCUGGGCGCUGCCACACACACUCACCACGCAUAUACACACACACACUCCCCCAAAGGCUUUGGGGCCGCUGCCGGGGCAGGCAGUGCUCCUGGGAAUGUGAAGCCGCUAGUGGCCUUACCCCUGCCUUUGGGAGCAGGACCUUUUGUAGAGAGCUUUAUCCAGGCGGGCCAGGCCGGGCCAGGAGGGCUGGGCUGGG